AUGCCUCUUCGUUUUUCUUCCGCAUUCUUUCUUGGCGGUGCGAUGAAGCUUCUGGUAAGUGGAACUGUAUACGCUGCUGCUGCUGCAUAUGUGCCACCGUACCCGCAGAACUCGCACAACUCCGUUGUCUUCCUCGACACAGCCGUGCAGGAAGGCCGCACGUGGUUCGGCACCUCGUCGACAGAGCCUAUUGGCCGUGUCGAAGUGGAACUCUUCGACGACACAGUGCCCAUUACCGCCCGUAACUUCCGCGAACUCUGCCGCGGGAGCAUCGACGGCGUAUAUAAGAAAGCACCGGACGGAACACCGCUGCACUUCAAGGGCUCCGUGUUCCACCGUAUUAUUCCUGAAUUCAUGGUACAGGGCGGCGACAUCACAAAGGGCAACGGUACUGGCGGAUGCUCUAUCUACGGUGUACGCUUCAAGGACGAGUCCUUCGACGGAAAGGCAGGAAAACACAAGGCUGCCGGUAUUCUUUCCAUGGCAAAUGCUGGACGCAAUACAAAUGGCUCGCAGUUCUUCAUCUGCACCGUGCCGUGUGCGUGGUUGGAUGGAAAACACGUGGUGUUCGGUCAAGUACUACGAGGGUAUGAGAACGUCAAAAAAAUUGAGGGAUAUGGCACACCGCACGGGAAACCAACAAAAACAGUCAUGAUCUCUGACUGCGGUGUUCUGAAGGAUACAUCAUAA